AUCUGGCAGCUGUGGCAACACUGAUCACCACAAUAAUUUGUUUAUUAAUUUAUGAGUAAUUAAUUCCUAAUCUUCAAAAAAGUGUACAGUAUUAUAAUUAAUAGUUUUGUAAUCAAUGGUUCCGUUUCUCGAAUCCCGCUGAUAAAGUUUGGUUGGUUUAUCUAGUCCAAUUUUUGUUGAGGUUAUAGCAGGAAUUUCUGUGCCGCAAUGUCUAUUGAAGUGUUUCUGGAUAAUUAUGGAGGCGCCUGCUUUCCUGGACAAACAAUUGCCGGUCGAGUCGAGUGCUCAUUUAAUAAAGAAAAGAAUCUAAGGGCUGUUAAAAUAAAAUUUAAAGGCAGGGCGGAGACGGAAUGGUACGAAUCUGAAAGUUACUACGAUCAUUCUUCCAAAAAACACAGAACACGCCGUGUCCGGUAUAGUGGGGAAGAGGUUUACUUUGAUGCCGAAUACAUAUUGCUACAAGGUGGAGAAAACUUUGUUUUACCACCUGGUAGGCAUUCGUAUCCGUUUUCUUACAUCCUACCUGCACAAUUACCAUCGAGUUUCGAGGGUGUUCAUGGCAAUAUUCGGUAUAGCAUUAAAGGCACCAUUGAUCGUCCGUGGAAAUUCGAUUAUGAAUCAAAAAUCGGAUUAAAUAUUGUUUCUCCUUUGGAUCUGAACUAUUUACCUGGUUUACGGGAACCGAAAGCGUUCAGCGAUGAUAAGCAUUUAUGCUGUUGCUGGUGCAGAUCUGGCCCAUUGACGUUGCAGGUCUCCAUUCCGGCUACAGGAUAUUGCCCUGAUCAAGAUGUUAAUGUCGGAGCUUGCGUUAUGAAUCUCUCAAAUGUUAGUGUGGAAAAUGUAGUGUUCAAGAUUUAUAGACAUGUCGAAUUUAUUUCCCAUUACCCAUCGACCCGUCAUCGAUUUGAGGAAGUUCUUGUAGCUGAAGUUGUUGAAGGUGGUAUUGGGGCCCACGGUGAACAUUCUUGGACUUCUAAACUUAAGAUACCAUCCAAUAUGGUGUACCCUAAUUUAAUACCGUGUAGUAUAAUGAAUGCAACGUACGAAUUGAAAGCGAAAGCAGUGUUGCCAUGUCCUCACUCGAAUUUAACUAUCGAAAUCCCAAUUACGAUUGGCUCAGUGCCAUUAGCUGGAGUACCUUUAUCUGGUGUUCCUAUGGGUCCUCCGCCGGAACAACUCCCACUGCCCACAUACAAUCAGGUUCCGAGUUCAGUUGGACCCUACCCUCCUGGCCCAGUAGUUGGUGGAGCAACCGCUCCUCCCGGUGAUUUGACACCUCUCCUAUCAUACGAUAACAUUAAUUAUCCCCCUGAAAAAGCUCCUCUCGCUCCACCUUAUCCUACCAAUAAUAUGGAAGGGCCCUCCAACGGCGCUCCCUAUGUGCCUCCUGCUGGUGCCCCAUUUGCACCAACACCUGGAGCGCCAUAUCCACCUGUCGGGGCAGCGCCAUAUCCACCUGUCGGGGCAGCACCAUAUCCACCUGUCGGGGCAGCACCAUAUCCGAUGCCGGCUUCGGCACCGUACCCUCCGGGUGCACCAAUUGACUCAACAGCUCCACCAACUUAUGAUGAGACUGUAAAAUUUAAUGAAAAACGCUAAUUCUGUUAGAUAAAGACGUGUUAUCCAUAUACAUCUUAAGUAGUGUUUUG